AUGAGGGCAGACAGACUCAAGUAUGAGGACACUAAGUCAGGGCAGCAGGUAGGAGCUUUGCAAGCUGGGGAAGAAUUCCAAAAAGAACUGGAAGGAGAUAAAACUGGCCACUGGAGAGACCAUAGCAGUAUACUGCCUGCAACUUCUCAGAUACCCACAGAAGCCAGCAUGUCUUGGGUCCUGCUUUCCAUCCUGUGGCUUAUCAUUCAACUCCAAGUGAUAAAUACAACAUUAGCCCCCGGAUUAAAGCUUCAUGAAAUAGUUCAUCCUAAAAAACUACCCAUUACACAAAGAAGAGGGCUUGAGAACAACCAGACAGAGAGAUAUGGCAAAGAGGAAAGAUAUGCACCAGAAGUUCAAUAUCAGAUCAUACUAAAUGGAGAAGAAAUCAUUUUGCACCUCAAGAGAACCAAGCAUCUUCUGGGGCCAGACAACACUGAACCAUCCUACUCACCUGGAGGAGAAGAGAGGACCAGACGCUCUCAAGAUGUGAAACCCUGCUACUAUGAAGGCCACAUCCAGAAUGCAAGGGGAUCUCUUGCCAGUAUCAGUACCUGUGAUGGGUUGAGAGGGUACUUCACACAUCGUGAUCAGUGGUAUCAAAUAAAGCCUCUACAAAGCACUGAUGAGGGAGAACAUGCUGUUCUUCCAUACAGCAUGGAGGAACCAAACACAGCUAAUUACAAGGAUGGUGAGAAGCAAGUUGUCAGGAAACGAAGCCAUCUUCGAACUUCCAGGUCACUCAAAAGCCCAAAUGAAAACUUACCUCAGGGACAGAAGUACAUUGGUCUCUUUUUGGUGCUGGAUAAUGCCUAUUAUAAAAUGUAUAAUGGGAAUGUGACUCAGAUGAGAAGCUUUGUGUUCGAGGUGCUAAAUCUGCUCAAUGUGAUUUAUAAAACCAUAGACAUUCAAGUAUCUUUGGUGGGCAUGGAGAUUUGGUCUGACCGUGAUAAGAUAAAGGUGGAACCCAACCUUGGUGCCACAUUCACAAACUUCAUGAGAUGGCAUUAUUCUAACCUUGGAAAAAGAAUCCAUAACCAUGCCCAGCUUCUCAGUGGAGCUAGCUUCCGCCAUGGACGUGUGGGAAUGGCAGCUGCAAAUUCCUUGUGUACUACAUCUUCAGUGUCUGUAAUUGAGGCUAAAAAAAAGAAUAAUGUGGCUCUCGUUGCACUGAUGUCACAUGAGUUGGGCCACGCACUUGGUAUGCAAGAUGUUCCAUAUUACACCAAAUGUCCCUCUGGCAGCUGUGUGAUGAAUCAGUACCUGAGUUCAAAAUUCCCCAAGGAUUUCAGUACCGUCAGCCGCACACUUUUUCAAGGAUUCCUUUCAUCUAGAAAUGUAAGGUGUCUGCUGCUGGCACCUGACCCUAAAAACAUAAUAAAACCAUCAUGUGGAAACCGACUUCUGGACACAGGAGAAGGAUGCGACUGUGGAUCUCCUGAGGAAUGUACCAAUCUUUGCUGUGAGCCCCUGACAUGUAGACUGAAAUCUCAACCUGACUGCAGAGAAGAAGCAUCCAACCACAUCACACAAUGAUCCAGUGUCUAAUUCACAGAGAAGCUACUCUGCCAGAGCAGAAGUCCAGAACCUGCCUCCGCCAUUAAGCCUGCCUAGCUUCAUUUUGUGCAUCUAUACAGACAGAACUCUAUGUGCUGUGUUCUCUGUGAACCCAUUAAUUCAAUCACUGAA